CUCAGGCCGCGGGGGUCGGCGCCCCAUCCCGAACGGCCCGGCACCCUGCUGUAAACCGCACGGUGCCCUCGACCCCCGGCCGCUCCAGCUGUGCUGUGCCGGGCCCUCGAGGGCAGGACGCCUGAGGCCCCCGCCCAGCAGUAACCUUGUCUCUUUGUCUCCACGCGCCCAGCGGCCCCAUGCGCGCCUAUAUCCUGGCCCACGAGGACGCCGUCGUGCGCUGGAGGUCUCUGAUGGGACCCACCAGAGUGUCGCGAGCCCGCAACACGGCGCCGGACUCCAUCCGGGGAGCCUACGGCCUCACGGACACGCGCAACACCACGCACGGCUCAGACUCGGCAGCGUCGGCCAGCGAGGAAAUCGCCUUCUUCUUCCCCGAGUUUGACGAGAGGCGCUGGUACCAGGAAGAUGAGCCACGCCUGCGCUGUGGCCAGGCACGCUACAGCGUAGAGGAGCGCGUUCACCAGGUGCCCGAGGAGGAGGGGACGGAGUCGGCCUAGGGUGGAGCAGAGCUUCCUCAGGAGCUGACCCCUUGGGCACUGCCUGUGUUGGCACUGGCCCGGGUGUCUGCCCACACCGGAGGGACGUGGAGCAGCACCGUGUCUGGGGCAGGGCACAGGGAUCAGGCCCAGUUCACGUGGCAUGCUUUGGACGCUCUCGUUGGGGCGGGUCUGGAUGCAGGUGCAGCCCCUGGAUGCCACUGGUGCUUCAGGAAGACCAGAGCUGCUCCCAGCAGGACGGGGCGAGCUCCUGUGAGCUGCCUGUGCAGGGGCAGGUCAGCACCAGCUCUAGGCAUGGCGGGUGGAGGCUGUUUGGCAGUUUUGAUGUUUAGACACCUUCGCUGCUAGGAAACUACAUCUGUUGUCCACCUUCAGCUCCCAGCUCCAGACUUGUCUGGCCACGGCGCUGCCCUGAGCGCUCGCCGGAGGCUGUGAACUGCGGGGGCCUGAAGUCCUCCCUCGGCUGCUGCUUCCCACUGCCAUCUGCCCCCUCUCGGUGCAGCUGGGUCCUUUGUUUCCAGGUGCUUUGCUUUGCAUUUGGCUGUAUCGAGCUGCGUUUUGUUGGACUGCUGAUGAAUCAGACCAUUCCGAUCCCUCUAGCAAUAAGCCGUCCUCCUCAUUUACUGCCGUGCCAAAGUAUGUGUCCUCCACAGCCCUUUUCAGCAGAGGUUUUGCUCUGCCGCCACCCAGGCUGUGAAUGAGAACACCGGGUGCUGCUGAGCAAGGAACCGGAUGCAGGGUGCUGCUGGCUGGUGUCUCCCCUUCCCAGCUGCAGCUUGGGAUCCUGCUGAGCCAGCGUUUCAUCCCUGAGUUCCCUGCCACCCCCCUUGCUCAAGGUGUCCUGAGCUGCUGAGUGAGAGGCCUCGGGAGAGGACCAAAAGUCCCGUUUCACGCAGAUGCCUCGAUCAGCCAGACCUGUGAUCUUGUCAAAGAGGCACAGCAACUGCAUCUACUCAUGCAAUUAAUGUGCAUGAAUAAGCUCCAUAGUUUUUUGUUCCUGGGCACGCCAUAUUAAUGUCCAACUGGGAGCAAAAAACUCCGGCGCAUGUUACUCCAAUGUUUAUUCCUGCGCAGCACAUGGAGUCCAGUCGGAGCACUGUCGACUGGCUGAGGACUCGCUGGGUCACCCUGCCAGCCCAGGGCCGCUCCAACCGGGCUGUCUGUGCUGCGCAGGGGCUGGCUGGGGCACGAGGGUGCUUCAGUGUGGGGGCUGCCUGUCAGCUAGCCCUGCCGUGAAGCACCCACAUGCCCCAGCCAGCCCUGCCACUGUCUACCCAUGUGCUGUGGUGCGCCAAGCAAUGCUGCUGCAGGGUAGUACUUGUGUUUCGGCAGGCUACCCCAUGGUGGCCUUUAUUAGUCUACUGCGACCUAAUGGGGUUGUACUUGUAGAUGGUGACAUUUUGCUGUGGAGCAAAUGUCUCGUGCAGAUGCACCCAGCUUUGAGGAGACCUGCCUUCCACGAGGUCGUGCUGCCUCGGUGCUGAUUCGUGCUGCCCGAUGAGUAGGAGUUUGUGGCAGGUCACUGGGGAGGACUUGGGAGGGUGGAGACCUCGGUCAGUCCACCUCCAGUUUUUACUAGAUGAAUCCCAGUCCGGUCCUGGCUGCUGGCACGGUAACGCCAGGCUCAGCCAGCUGCAGCUCUGGGGUCUGGUACGCAAGGGAACAGCAACAGGAGCAGCUUCUUGUCAUCCUGUUUUUCCCACCUCUGGAUCAUCCGUCAGCAAGCACGUGUCCGUGGUGCAGGAGACAGCCCACCAACAGAGUAUUAAGCUGCACUUCACAUCUGCACUGAUAAUAGACUACAACUCGUGAACAGAUUUCCUAUGCUAACAGCAUUGACACGGUGAGGUUGGGGGUCUGACUGGCUGAUCCAACAGAAGGAGCUAUGGAGACGCGGUGGGGCAGCAGACCCUGCAGGUAGUUGGACAGUCCGGUGUGGAUCUCAGGCCAGCCAGCUGGGCCAGGCCUCUAGGAGUCGGGCUGGUUGCUUCCACUGAAUUAACGGCUGAAUUUUUAUUCCAAGAUGACCCAGGCUGGCAGGUCUGUAGUUCCCCAGCUAACCCAGUUCCCCCUCCUCAGUACUGGACUCCACGUCUGUCCCAGUUCAGCUGGGAUUUCCCCAGGUUUCCAAACUCGGUUUCCAGUAGUGGUGCCGACUGCUCCUGAGCUCGUUCUUCCAAGGUGCUGAGGUGUGAAGUGCUAGGUGAGAGUUACGUGGGCCUGGUGAGGACCAGAUAAUGCGUCUAGACGUCCUCUGGUUACAGCAGCUGAGGUUUCUGUUCCAUUCACCACCUUCCCUGGGUUGGAUCCAUCCCCCGCUCUAUUCCGUCUACAGCAAGGAAACAUCUCAGCUAUUUCGGCAUUUGUAUAUAGCUGUCUGUGACUCUGCCAGCUGUAUCUAUGUGUGGACCCUGGCCUCGCUUAGUGUAAGACUUGCCUCAAGUUGGUUUAAAAAUGUCUUUUUUAUCUGUAGCCAUUCAUAGGACUUUUAGAUUCUUUUAUCAGGCACCUAGAUUUUUUUACUUAGAAUCAUAAAAAAGGGGGUGUGAAGGGACCUCAGGAGGUCAUGUCUAGUCCAACUUCAUGCAUCACCUCAGCCAAGGCUUUGUAAAGCAAGGCCUUAAAAACCUCCAAAGAUGGAGACUCCACCACCUCUCUGGGUAUCCAGUUCCAGUGCUUCACUACCCACUUAGUAAGAGAGUUUUUCCUAAUUCAUAGAUAGAUUGUAAGGGACCUUGGAAGAUAAUCAGGUCCAGCCCCCUGCAUCAGGCAGGAAAGAUAACUGGGGUCAGGUGACCCCAGCAAAGUGACUGUCAGGUCUCCUCUUUAACACUUCCAGGAUAGGUGAUUGCACCACCUCUGGGGGGGAGCCUAUUCCACAGUCUGGACACCCUGACUGUGAAGAAGAUUUUCCUAAAGAGCCAAGAUACACCACCAUUGGUCACCAAAGGGCUUGUCUGGGAUUUGAACCCAGGACCUCUCACACCCGAAGCGAGAAUCAUACCCCUAGACCAACAAGCCACAUAAAGUUAACAUCUAACCUCAACUUCCCUUGAUUUAACUUGAGCCCAUUGCUCCUUGUUCUGUCAUCCGCUCCCACGGAGAAAAGCCCAGCUCCAUCCUCGUUGCAGCUGCCUUGCAGGGAGGUGAAGGCUGCU